CAUUUGUUGGGCCUUUGGGGCCGGGCACCGGAAGUUGCCGGCCAUGCGGUGAGAGGGGGCUGUAAAAACGGCCAAAACAUGGAGGGACAGAUGACACCUGAGAUGAUCCAACAGAUGUACCAAGCCGAUCAACCAGGUCAGCUUCCACCUGAAAUGCAGCAGUGGCAGCAAAUGCUGCAGCAAUGGCAGCAGAUGGGGGUUACUGGGGCAGGGGCGGGAGCAGGGCAAGCAGAGGAAGAGGACGAAGAUGCACAGAACAUGGCUGAAAUGAAUCAAGAGAACCAGGGUCACAGCGAAGAGGAGACGCCCAACCCACCCAAGCCACCCAACCUCCCGAACCCAAUGGCUGCCCUAAACCAGAUAAUGAGUCAGCAACAGCUUCAGAUGCUUUACCAGAUGCAGCAGGUUCGAGGAGCGCAGGAUAUGGAAGAUGAGGACGAUGACCAAGACGACAAUGAGGAAUCUCAAGAGCAAUUGCAGCAGCAGUUUCAGCAGCAGAUGAUGCAGCAGCAAUUCAUGCAGCAACAGAUGCAGCAGCAAAUGCAGCAGCAACAGAUGAUGCAAGAUCAGAACAUGCAGCAGUUUGAUCAAAACCAGCAGCCGCCGCAACAGCAAUCGCCACAACAGCAACAGUUCCAGCAGCAACAGUUCCAACAACAGCAGCAACAACAACAGUUCCAACAGCCGCCACAGCAACAGUUCCAACAACAGCACCAGCCACAGUACCAACAGCAGCAGUUCCAACAACCACCGCAAUACCAGCAGCAACAGUUCCAACAGCAACAGUACCAACAACAGCAGCCACAGUACCAACAGCAACAGUACAAUCAAUACCAGCAGCAGAACUAUCCCAUGCGACCUCCGCCUCCACAUCCGCCACAGCCGCCUCCGCCGCAACAUCGCCAUCAAAGCCAUCAAAAUCAAGAAAAUCAAAAUCCCCUCACGGGUUCGCCCUACACGCCGCGCUUUUUCUACCUUUUGGAGAAGAGGCAGCGACUACCAGCUUGGGCUGCCAGACAGGAAUUCUUGAAGUUGAUGCACACUCACCAGGUGCUGCUGCUGGUGGGAGAGCCUGGUUCUGGCAAGACCACCCAAUUGCCACAGAUCCUGUUGGAUGCUGGGUAUCAUGUGACCCACCAGCCAGGUCAGGUGAGGGCGAUUUGUUGUGUUCAGCCCAAUCAGCUGGCCACCAUCAGUGCGGCCACGCGCAUUUGCGAAGAGUUGGAAGUGCAGGUCGGCACCUUCGUGGGCCACGUCACGCGUUUCGAGGACCGCACUUCGGGUGAUACCUUGCUUCGCUUCAUGACGGAUGAGGCGCUCUUCCGGGAAGCCCUAGAGGAUCCCUUGCUGGAACGCUAUAGCGUCAUCAUCUUGGAUGAGGCCCAACAAAGGACCUGCGAGAUGGACGUUCUCGUAGGCAUUUUGAAGAUGGUGAUGCAAAGAAGACAGGAAUUGAAGGUGCUACUCCUGUCUUCUUCUGAGGAGAAAAAACUUCAGGCACAUUUCGAGGCUGCUCCUUUGUUGAAGGUGCCCAAUCACACCUUUCCAGUGGAAGUUUUCCAUGCACAAGAUGCGGAAAGAGAUUACUUGAAGGCCGCUGUAAGGACCACAAUUCAAAUCCACACCUCAGAACCUGAUGGUGACAUCCUUCUCUUUUUACCCCAUGAGGAUGAGAUUGACUUGGCGUGUCAGAUGUUACGCAAGGAGGCGGUUCACAUCAGUCAUACCCUGGUCGUGCGUGCCAUCUAUGUGGGUUUGCCCUUGAUGGAUUUGCAACAGGCCUUCGAACCUGCACCCGCGGGUCGCAUGGGCGGGGGGAAGCCUUCCCGGAAGGUCGUGGUGGCCUCAAAUAUUGCCGAAACUUCGCUAUGCAUCGAUCAGAUUGUGUAUGUCAUUGACACCGGCCUGGCGAAACAAAGGGCAUACAACCCCAGGACCCGUAUCGAAGCCCAGAUGGUCACCCCCAUUUCCUACGACUCCGCCCUCCUUCGCGCGCGCUUGGCGGGACGGCAGCAGCCGGGGAAAUGCUUCAGGUUGUAUCCGGAGAAGGCGAAGAAUGAUUGGGCACCAAUGAUUCAGCCGGAGAUUAAGAGAUCGAAUCUCACCACCAUGGUCCUGAUGUUGAAACGUUUGGGCUUUGAUGACGUGGUCCAUUUUGAUUUCGUGGACCCUCCUCCUCCGGAGGCUCUGAUGAGAGCCCUGCAGAGUCUGAACUAUUUGGGAUGCAUUGAUGACAAUGGAAAUAUCACAGAGGCAGGACACCAAGCUAGUCGUCUGCCCGUGGACCCACAGAUCGCCAAGAUGUUGCUGGAAGCCCCAAAGCAUCGCUGCAGUAACGAGGCCUUGUCCAUCGCCGCUAUGUUGGUCUCGCUGCCUGUGUGGCUGCGGCCCAAGGAUGCCUUUCGGGCGGCCAACGAAGCCAAGGCACGAUUCGCACAUAUGGAUGGGGAUCACCUCACGUUGCUCAAUGUGUUCCAUGCCUACAAGCAACAGAUCCAAGACGGUCAUGAUGCCAGUCGCUUCUGUGCUGAGAAUUUCAUCUCGAUUCGGGCCAUGAGACAAGCAGAGGUGGCACGUGAUAGCUUGAAACUCAUCAUGGAGAGCAUUGGUUUGCAGAUGAUCAGCACCGACUUUCAGGAUAAGGAGUAUUAUCCCAACAUUCGCAGAUGUUUGAUCUCCGGCUUCUUCAUGCAGGUAGCAUGUUUGGAAAGUGAGAAGCGAGGUGCCUACAGCAUGCUGCGCGAGGGCCAGGAAGUGAUCCUCCAUCCUUCCACAUCUUUGGGACAUCGACCGGAGUGGCUGGUGUUUCAUGAGCUGUCGCUCUCCUCCAAACUCUUCAUCAAGACAGGGACGCAAAUCCGCCCCGAAUGGCUCCUGGAUAUCGCUCCCAAGGGCUACUUCGAUGCCGCCAAGAUCUCUGAGAAAAGCUCGGCGCGGAGCCGCUUGGAUCGAGUUCUGACACGGCGCUUCUCACAAGAUGGUCCUUGAAGCUGAAACAGCCAAUUCUGUAGAUUGGAUUGGGG